AUUCCCUUGAACAUGGCCACAGAGACACCUGACACUGUCGUCGUCAGUGUCGUCACACCAGAAGAAGACAAUGUUCCAAUUUCCGAAAAGAUAAACCUUGAUGAUCUAGCGCAGGCGAAAGGACAGCAGUCCGAUAGCCACCCAAAUACACAAAUCCAGGUGAAACAGUCGGCUUCGAAAUUCAGUCGUCUGCGCACGCACCUCUCCAGUCCCAUCCGAGUCGACCUAUUUGCUGAAAUCGAGCUCCUCAUCGUAACCUUCUGCACCGGCAUUCAAGAUGUGACCACGUUCCCAGACUAUCACUGUUUCGCAUCUAACCAGACGGGAAAUACCGUCAUGUUCGCAAUGGCCGUCAUCCUACCUGAAGCUACACAUGACCUGUUCAUCACCGCCAACAUCGGUAUGAGUCUCGGCUGCUUUCUCCUCGCAGGAUACAUUACAGGCCAACUGAGUCAUAUAAUUGGACCUCGAAACCGUGCUUGGAUCGUAUCCUGCAACUUCUUCCAGACAGGGUUGAUCUUUAUCGCGGCAGCACUGCAAUACAGUUAUGGUGUUCACGUCGAGGGUACACACACGGUCAUUAUAAUCGGGUUGUUGGCGUUCGCGGCAGGAAGCCAGGUCGUGCUGAGUCGGAGUUUGAGUAUGACAGAAAUCAGUACGGCCAUGGCCACGGCGGCUUGGGUCGAUUUGCUCAUCGACAAGAACCUGCUCGCUUUGAGGAACAGACCUCGGACAAGACGUGCCAGUUUCCUUGCGGCUCUCGUUUCAGGCGGCUUCUUCGGUGCGUACAUCUAUCGCGUAGUUGGAAGUGAGGCAGCUUUAUUGCUGUCUGCGGCUGGUAAGCUUAUGGUGACGAUAAUGUUCUUAUUCAACGGGGCUGAGAAGCCGAAAGUGGCCCAAGUUUCUGUGUGAGGAUGUGAAUCUUGGUUGUGGCCACAAGAGGCGGAACAUCUGUCAAUUUCAGCGUUGCAUUUCUGUAUAUCAGCGGAUAUCAUCAUUCAUGAUUAGCGUAGUGUUCGGAGAGUAUAAGCAUCUGGUAUUCCAAUUUCUGGGUUGGAAAAGAGAUAGAUAUAUCGGAUCUGUAAUGUGAGACCUUGG